GCUCACCCUUAAAAGUGCUCUUGCUUUGUAGCAAAGCUGUUUUUGUUUUUCCCUCCAUGUGUGGUGUGGAAUUGUAACCGGUUGUCCCGGGCUGAGGAUUAUCAACAGAAUAACGUGCAGAUAGUAAAAAGAGAAGCAGCACAAGAGCUGCUAGCCUGGAUUACUUAAAUAUAUCUUCUGUUGACUUUUAAGUCAUGUUUUUUUGUUUCCGCCAAGAGACAAAACUGUAGUGGCUCUGUCUUGGAAUCUUCCAGACUGGCUGUUUUUAGAACCUGAGAAGCAGAUGUGAUUCUUGGGGCUUGAACUUGCACUUGGAAUUCUGUCAUUGUUUUCUUUUGGACAUUUUGGAUUCUACUGCACUAACCCUGAUGGACACUAUUGGAGUUUCUUCUGUCAUUCAUAUUGUCUGACUGCGUCUCGUGUCUAAUUUAACGCAUCAUCCUGAUGCCAUCAGAGUCAUGCCCUCUCACAGGGGCACAGCGGGCGGUGUGCAGGCUCGUGCACCGCGGACCUAGACCUCAGGCAACGCUCAAACCCUUGCACUUGGAAUUACAGGUGUUUGUGGACAAGACACUUGGCAAGCAAAAACACAGGACAAUUGGAGACCGAAUUGGAGAAGGAAAAGCCAGCGGUAACCUUGGCAACACGCUGAAAGUGCUGUGUCGCUUCGACGAGGCCGCUGUCUGCUGUCAGAGACAUUUGGAUAUCUCUCAAGAGCAAGGCGACAAGGAUGGAGGCCUCCUGCUUGGAGCUGGCCUUGGAAGGGGAGCGCCUGUGCAAGGCGGGAGACUUCAAAGGUGGGACGGCCUUCUUUGAGGCGGCCGUACAGGUUGGCACAGAGGACCUAAAGACCCUCAGCGCCAUCUACAGCCAGCUGGGCAACGCCUACUUCUACCUGAAGGAGUAUGGGAAAGCCCUGGAGUACCACAAGCAUGACCUCACUCUGGCCAGGACAAUUGGAGACCGAAUUGGAGAAGGAAAAGCCAGCGGUAACCUUGGCAACACGCUGAAAGUGCUGUGUCGCUUCGACGAGGCCGCUGUCUGCUGUCAGAGACAUUUGGAUAUCUCUCAAGAGCAAGGCGACAAGGUGGGUGAGGCCCGGGCGCUUUACAACAUCGGUAACGUGUUCCAUGCUAAAGGCAAGCAGAAGUUGUGGGGCUGCACCCAGGAGCCAGGAGACCUGCCCACUGAUGUCAGAGACACACUACAACGUGCGACGAGCUUUUACGAGAUGAAUUUGUGUUUGGUCAAAGAACUGGGUGAUCGCGCUGCUCAAGGCAGAGCGUAUGGAAACCUGGGCAACACGCACUACCUUUUGGGAAACUUUGUGGAAGCCAUCAAGUUCCACAGACAGAGAUUAUCCAUUGCCAAGGAGUUUGGUGACAAAGCGGCCGAGCGACGAGCCUACAGCAAUUUGGGGAACGCUCUGAUAUUCCUGGGACAGUUCAACACAGCCACGGACUACUACAGGAAAACUCUGCAGCUGUCACGGCAGCUGAGGGACCAGGUGAUGGAGGCCCAGGCCUGUUACAGCCUUGGAAACACCUACACACUUUUGCAGCAGUACGACAGAGCUAUAGAGUAUCACCUUAAGCACCUGUAUAUUGCUCAGGAUCUCACAGACAGGGUUGGCGAAGGCCGAGCCUGCUGGAGUCUGGGAAACGCCUACGUGUCUUUAGCCAAUCACAAACAAGCGCUCCACUACGCCCGGAAACAUCUGGAGAUCUCCAAAGAAAUUGGUGACAGGAAUGGUGAGCUGACAGCCAGGAUGAAUGUGGAGCAGCUGAUGGAGGCGAUUGGUGUCAGUGACGGUGACCUUUCACCUUCCAGUUCAGAGUUUGAGAUGCAAGGAGCGAGGCCCAAAUUCACAAAGAGGAACAGCAUGGACAGCGUGGAGCUGUGGAAAUUGUCCUCAUAUAAGAACGGCGAGGGCCACGAGACGGAAAGCAUACCCAGGAGGUCUAAGAGUCAUACGCCACAGACCGGAAAAAGAAAAGGCUAUCCUGACAGCCAGUCGUCUGAUGACAGACCCUGGUUGGACUCUCCUGUGGACGCUGAUGACAUCACUCUACAAGUCCCGCCUCCGGUGCCAAAACUUGGCCGUGACCCUUCCGAUGAGGACUGCUUUUUCGACCUGCUCAGCAAGUUCCAAAGCAGUCGCAUGGAUGACCAGCGCUGUCGCCUCGAUGAACCACACAACGGUGACGGUCAAGACGGUGGAGCCCUGAGUGACAUGAUUGAUGCCUCAGUGACCACCUCCCCCCAGACGGAGGAGCUGUUUGAUUUGAUCGCCAGCUCUCAGAGUCGCCGCCUGGACGACCAGCGCGUCAAUGUGGGGAACCUUCCGGGUCUCAGGAUCACACAGAACAACCUGGGACACCUGGUGGGGGAGGGAGAGCAGGAGCCCGGCGACGACUUCUUCAACAUGCUCAUCAAAUGCCAGUCCUCUCGGAUCGACGACCAGCGGUGUUCCCCGCCCGAAGCAGGCCCCCACGCCCCCACGGUGCCUGACGAGGACUUCUUCAGUUUAAUUCAACGGGUGCAGGCCAAGCGCAUGGACGAGCAGCGCGUCCACCUGUCCAACGAUGAACAGGAUAGCCCGGGAGAGGAGUCGCCUGAUCUUGAGCCGCCCGGCGGGUUCCCCAGCUAGGGACGCGGGUGAAGCAGGGUCCCCCAUCCCAUAAGACGAUAAUAAACGCGUGUCAAGGCAGGCUGCUUGCUAGCAAAAAUGUCCACGUGCAACAGGUGGUACCAUUUCACUCAUAUGUGUAAAUAUAAUGGUGAAACAUGUUGCAUUUUUGCACGAUCAUGGAAUUUCUUAAUCUUAAACUGCCAUCACUCUUAAUAAUAUAACAUGAGAAGUGAUGCCUUAAUCAGCAUUUUCUUUUCCUAGACUCAAGAUUGUACUUGUAGAAGCACACCAACUCUUUACGACUCAUUUGAAUUCCAGCGCUUCAUGAUUUUGCUCUGAAAUCUAAGAGCUGAUUUUUAUGGAAAUUAGUAACACAUUUGAUCAAUUACAUUAUUAGUAUUAUUUUUUUCAGUUUUUAUAUUGUGGGCAACAUGGUGGAUGAGUGCGUCUGCCUCACAGUUAUGAGGUUUGAGAUAUGAAUCUCAGCUCUGGACUUCCUGUGUGGGGUUUGCAUGUUCUGCCCAUGCAUGUGUGGGCUUCCUCCCAGAUUCCAAAAAAACAUGUGCAUGUGAGGUUCAUUGAAUACUCUAAAUUGUGUGAAUGUGAGUGUGAACGCUUGUUUGUCUAUAUGAGCCCUGCGAUUGCAUUUUUGUUUUGUUAAAAACAAGUAUACAUGCCAAAUCUUGUUUUUAUUAAUUUUUAAGCAAAAAAAAAAAAAAAAAAUGCUUGAAUGAUUGCUUCUUUAUGCAUUCAUACAAGACGUGUUACUGAUGUUCACUGACGGUAUUACUGUAGUUAAUACUAUGCAGAGGUGAAAUUUGAAAUUUUGUGAUGCUGAGUAUUAACAUAAUAAUGCAAACAAACAAGUGAGAUUACUGAACAAAUAGUGCAGUACGGUAUUUUGAAAGGUGUUUUCCAGGCCACAGUUGACACGUAUGACAUACUGACCCCAUGUGGUGAAAGCACUGUACCUCUGCAAUUCCAUGUAUUGGGAGUAUUCCUUCUUUUUCUUCCCCUGUCCACAGUAAGAGUAAUACUUUAGUCAUAUUGCACUUGACCCAUGCUGAAAAAAAAAAAAUUCAUUUUUGUGAAUUACACAAAGAAGGGCUGUGAGAAGUUUGCAGCGGAAGCGCCAUGACGUAGAGACGAGUCGGUUAAAGAUGUUUGUAAGCGCUCAAUGCUGUCAUAAAGUUUAAUGGUACGAAAAUGGUUAAUAUGAUCCAGAUACAAUAUUUUCUUUUUUUUUAUUAUUAUUAUUUUUUUUUAAUAUAUAUAUAUAUAUAUAUAUAUAUAUAUAUAUA